UGCAGUGCACGAGGAUCCGGAACAGGGCGCGCUUCCUCCUCGCCGGACGAGCCCAGCCGAGCCCUCUGUGCCCGGGGAGGCUGGCCUGGCCGGCGCCUCCCGCCCGGCUCCUUCUCCAGCGGCGCAGAGCGGCGGCCUCUCCCGGGGGGAUCCGGCGGCGCUUCCCUUCCUGCGCCUCCCCGGGGCGGCUGCGGCGGCUCUGGCGCUCUGCUUGCCCUUGGUCCCCGUCUCUUGCCCGGGCGCCCUCUCCUUUCUUGCCUCAGAGCCUCUCCGAGACUCCCUUUCCGUUGCGCCCGGGGAGGCUCGUCCAAAUUGGCGGGCACCCUUUCCAGCCAAUUUUUAAAGAAACUAUUCAAAAGCCAAACAAAACCUGCCGGUUCUUUUUUGCGCCUGGCCUCUCUUGGGCAGGGGAGGAAAAUCUCCAGUCAGACCUCUUGUUCGACAAGCUUCUCAAAACUGCCUUUUUUCGUUGCUGUUGCAAGGGUGAGUUCCCUCAUGCUUUGAAAUAAUAAUAACAACAUUUUUUAAAAAGCCAACCAAAGCUGCUGUUUUUUGCUGUGGAUCAGGUGAAAAAUGCAGGCGAAGGGCUUUGGGGUGCUGAGGCCCCUCCAUGGUUUGCCCUUCGUGGUUGGCAUGGCUGUCCUCCUUGGGCUCUUACCGGUGCUUCACAGCCGUGGCUCAGAGCCCCAUCGGAUGGCUCGGAUGGCGGCCACUCCGCCAUCUCAUAUCUACCCCAAAAGUGUUGAGGCCCCUAUAGAAGAGAUCACUUCUGCACCACCUGCCUCGCCAGAUGUACAUCCCGGGGCAAAGCAUCCCGCCAAUCAUUCUUUUGACGGACAUGGCAAGAAGCGAAAGAUUUUUCCUGUCCUGGACGUUGACUACACGCAUGUGCGGCUACCCUUUGAGAUUGCACUCUGGAUACUGCUGGCGUGCCUCAUGAAACUGGGAUUCCACGUUAUCCCGACAAUUUCCGGUAUAGUUCCGGAGAGCUGCUUGCUCAUCGUGGUAGGGCUGCUUGUCGGAGGGCUCAUUAAGGCUGUAGGAGAGGACCCCCCGAUCCUACAGUCGAACAUCUUCUUCCUUUUCCUUCUCCCGCCCAUCAUCCUGGACGCUGGUUACUUCUUGCCCUUGCGCCAGUUUACCGAGAACUUGGGCACCAUCCUGAUCUUUGCAGUGGUGGGGACGCUGUGGAAUGCCUUCUUCGUGGGUGCUUUGUUGUACGCCGUGUGCCAGAUCGGCGCAACUGGUUUGAGCCACAUCGGCCUCUUGGCCAACCUGCUUUUCGGCAGCAUCAUCUCAGCUGUAGACCCCGUGGCUGUACUGGCGGUGUUCGAGGAGAUCCACAUCAACGAGCUCUUGCACAUCUUGGUGUUUGGAGAGUCAUUGCUGAAUGACGCCGUCACUGUGGUCCUCUAUCACCUUUUUGAUGAAUAUGCCACCUUUGACAAAAUCACCUUCACAGACAUCAUUCUGGGUUUCCUCAGUUUCUUCGUGGUAUCCCUGGGGGGCGUCUUCGUCGGGGUGGUCUACGGCAUCAUUGCUGCCUUCACCUCCCGCUUCACUUCUCACAUCCGCGUCAUCGAGCCUCUGUUCGUCUUUCUCUACAGCUACAUGGCAUACCUGUCAGCAGAACUCUUCCAUCUUUCGGGCAUCAUGGCGCUCAUUGCUGCUGGAGUGGUUAUGCGCCCUUACGUGGAGGCCAACAUCUCUCAUAAAUCCCACACUACCAUCAAGUACUUCCUGAAGAUGUGGAGCAGUGUCAGUGAAACCCUCAUUUUCAUCUUUCUGGGUGUCUCCACUGUGGCCGGGCAGCACCGCUGGGAGUGGACAUUUGUCAUCAGCACCCUGAUUUUCUGCUUGAUCGCCAGGGUUUUAGGUGUCCUUGGCUUGACCUGGUUCAUUAACAAAUUCCGCAUUGUGAAGUUGACCCCGAAGGAUCAGUUCAUCAUCGCCUAUGGUGGCCUGCGUGGGGCCAUUGCCUUCUCCCUAGGUUACCUCAUUGAGAAGAAACAUUUUGACAUGAGAGAGAUGUUCCUCACAGCCAUCAUCACCGUCAUCUUCUUCACUGUCUUUGUGCAGGGCAUGACCAUCCGCCCUCUGGUGGACCUUCUGGCAGUGAAAAAGAAGCAGGAAACCAAGCGGUCCAUCAAUGAGGAGAUUCACACGCAGUUUCUGGAUCAUCUUUUGACUGGGAUUGAGGAUAUAUGUGGCCACUAUGGCCAUCACCACUGGAAGGACAAGCUAAAUCGUUUCAACAAGAAAUACAUCAAGAAGUGCCUGAUUGCUGGGGAGAGGUCCAAGGAGCCCCAGCUGAUUGCCUUUUAUCACAAGAUGGAAAUGAAGCAAGCCAUCGAGCUGGUGGAGAGCGGGGGGAUGGGCAAGAUCCCCUCUGCUGUCUCUACGGUCUCAAUGCAGAACAUCAACCCAAAAACUUUGCCUGUGGAGCGGAUCCUGCCCGCACUCUCUAAAGACAAAGAGGAGGAGAUCCGGAAGAUCCUGCGCAACAACUUGCAGAAAACCAGGCAGAGGUUGCGAUCAUACAACCGGCACACCUUGGUGGCCGACCCUUAUGAAGAAGCAUGGAACCAGAUGUUGCUGAGGAGGCAGAAGGCUCGGCAGCUGGAACAGAAGAUAAACAACUACCUGACGGUCCCGGCUCACAAAAUUGAUUCACCAACCAUGUCAAGGGCACGGAUUGGCUCAGACCCUCUGGCGUACGACCCCAAGCCAGACUCAGAAAACCUCCCCAUCAUCACCAUCGACCCUGCCUCGCCGCAGUCUCCGGAGUCCGCCGACUUGGUAAGUGAGGCGCUGAAAGGGAUGAGCCGCCUCCCACCAUCCCCGGAGGAAGAUGAGGACGAAGAAGGGCUGGUGAUGCGAACCAAGGAGCCUUCCUCUCCGGGCACAGACGACGUGUUCACCCCAGGGGCCAGUGACAGCCCCAGCAACCAGCGAAUGAUGCGAUGCCUGAGUGACCCUGGGCCUAGACCAGAGCCUGAGGAAGGGGAGCCCUUCAUUCCCAAAGGGAAGUGAGGGCUAGAUGCACUCCUAGAGCUUUCCUGUAGGGGGAGCUUCCUGCACAUACUCACAAAGGCUCUCCCUUCCCUCUAUCGCUUUCUCCUGUUUCUCUCUUUUGCUCUUCAUUUUGGAGGCUGCGUUUCUUCGUUGGGAGGUGGGACGUGGUUUGGAACACAUCUGGCCAGCUGAGCGCCUUUGCUGAGAAAGCAACCGUUGAAGUGGCUGGUGAGAUUCCUUCUACGGGGGGAGGGGGGAAACCAAUCUCCCCUCUUCCAGGACAGAGCUGUGUGUUGCCCCACUGCCUGCCAAGAGAUGGCUUUCCUUUGGGCGCCUGAAACCUCCACUUGCACUCCAGAAAGCCUCUUUGCUCCAUCUCUGACAUCCUGGAGAAGCUGAGGAAGUGCGGGUGCAGCUGGUGUCAGGAAUAGCAUCGUCUGGAGACGGAAGGUGCAUCAGAUGUGCUGGCUUAACCCGUUUGCAUUCUCAUGGACCAAUGGCAGGGCGAAUGUGUCUGGCGCUAAAGGGGAGGCUGGACGCCUGGGGCUGGUGUUCUUCGUGGGAUUCUCCAUAAGCUUCACAGGUGCAUCUCCUUGAUCCACCGGCUGUAACAGAUCUCCCAGGUCCCCACUAAAGAACAUGCUUGAACUCUCUGAGCCAAAGUUUGGAAAGUAACCCAGCGGAUCAUUGGAGCACUGCUAGUUCAGAGAGAGCUUUGGGGCUUGUCAUAUCUCAGCGUUGCCUGGCGUCUCCAUUCCCUGCCAAACCCCAUGCCACCUUUACUGACAAUUUUGGGUUUUUAUUCUUGAGGGCAGUCAGGUAAAAGCUGCUGUCCUAAGCUUUGGGGUUUUUUAAAAAGGAACCCCAAUUCCAUUGAGCCAUAGAAAAAUACCUUUCAUUUUGUAGUCUUCUGAACCUAUUGCACACCUGGAUUUUUUGCUUCAUUCGUUUCGCAAGUGAAAUCCAGCUGUUUGCUCCCACAAAGGGUUCUCCAACAUAGGCAAUCGACUUUUCACCAGCUUUCAAUGAGGCUGUGGGGAAGCCGCCUGUCCUGUGUGCCCCUCGCUGCCCCCCUAUCAGCGUUCACCUGGCCAUACACACAAGUCAACCUAAUUCUGCACAGGAAAAAAUUCUCUCUGCUGAUGGCUUCUACACUCCCCCCCCCUUCUCUGGAGUUAGCCCACUUUCUUCCCUUAGGAUCUGAAUUCUUCUCUUUCUUUCUCUCUCUCUCUCUCUCUCGUCUUUUGUUUUUUGAUAUACACAGAGCAUUUUGUUGACCAAAGAUUUAAUGGUAGUUGUAUGUAUAAAAUUAUUGGGGUAGGGAGGUGUGUUUUUUUUGGUUGCUUUGUUUCUCUUUGUUUUAAACACAGGGUAUAUAUUUCUUAAAAUGGUGACUUAAAUUAUUCCACAGGGGGCAUUUAACUGUCUGGGGGGGGGGGGGCGGGGAAACAGCAUACUCCGCCUGCUCCAUUCUGGGCAGAAAGACUACUCGCUCAUGCGCACAUAUUGUGUAGGGGAAAGGCUUUAAUCGUAUUUUUGCUGCCUAGAAAUUGAGUGUGUGAGCUUGCAGGACAGCAGGGCUGACCUUAUCUUUAGCAAUAGCCGGGGCAGAGAAGAGCAAUGCCUUGCUUGGUGUUCCCACCCCGUCUCUACUAGAGCACCCUUGCAACCAACUGGAUUCUGACCAAUUGUUCCGCCUGUCUGCUGGACUCUGUUCUCCCUCCCACUGGGCUUCUUUCUCGAGAGCACACACCCGCCCUUCUGCAGGAGGUGCUCAGGUCUUCUGGCUGUUUUCCAUUUAUUAUUAUUUUGUAAUUCCCUUCUUUCCUUCAUCUCCCAUGCUGUGCUUCUGAGAAUACCGCCUCAUUGUUAUUCUGGCCUAUAAAACUUUUUCUCUCUUCCCGCCCCACUGUAUCGUAAGGCGGAAACCAUUUCUCCAUGUUUGUUUGAGAGUCAGGAGUAAAUCCGCUAUUUCAUUCCAAUAUGGCUUUUGCGAGUAAUAGCAAGGCUUGAAUUCAUGUUGUGUUGGGGAGGGGAGAGGUUAGAUGUAGCCUCUGCCGGCAAGUUUCAGCUUUACAUGGUAAAAAUGCUAUACCAUUUUAGGUGGGGGGAAAUGGCAUGGCUGAAAGUCUCUCCCUCUGUAUAUUUUUUAAAUGCCUGCACACAGAGAACUAGCUCUUGGAGAGAUGCCUCUUGGGAAAGCACAGUUUUCUCCUUGACAUUCGUUUUUCUAUAUGCAGAACCCCCUGAUGCCCACAUGAAUGUGGGGGGGAAGCAUUCACUAAUGCCAUGUCCUCUACCAAGCUAAAGUGAGGCAGUGUAUUAACAGGGUGAGCCCUUACCCGAAAGGGUAUCAGCCAUGUGUUGCAAGGAUUUCUUCCUGUUAACACCUGAAGGGACAGAGAGAGAGGCUAGAGCAAAAUCAAAUUCUAGAAGUUUGUUUCUUCUAUAUAGAGACACGACCCUUUCUGAAGCACUAGCUCUCCAGAACAGAGUGGAACUCCUGGCUCUUGCUGCCUUUCAACUCUGGCUGCUGUCCUACACUGAAGCAAACCACAUCUGGGUGUAGUUAUUCUGAAGUGAGCUGAUUUUUGUUAAAGAGUGGUGUGCCACUUGUGAAGCUACCCUAUUUGGGGUAAAGCUUGCCCAAGUGGCAAGCUGUAAAACAGCUGUGUUUAUUUAGAUACUGAUUCUCCACUUUAAAUGACAGUUGGCGGCUGUUGUGAGUCCAGUUAUCAGAAAAUAAUUUUCAAGACUGUGUCCUCGACAGAUCCGCACGGGUGCCUGCUGAAUUUCCCCCUGUAGUUCUUAGCGUCCCCCCCCCCCCACUGAAGGGGGUGUUUCCUUUCUCUGCCCCUACGCGCCGUGCCUUUUUAGCCAUACAGUGUCUGCCUGCGCAAAAUGGUGUUGUGAUUUGCUGCGCUGUACAUCUGGCAAUCUCGGGUCCCUGGUUUGGAAAGGCCAGGCUCGGCCCACCAGUGGCUCUGUGAGUGCCUCUUCAUUCUUCGAUCCAAAUAGUGACCCUCCCCCCAGCACUUGUGCUCCACCAAAGGAGAAAAGCUGCGAGCAGCGCAGGUAAGACCGGAGAGGAAGCGGGCCCAUUUGGGGUAUCCCCAUACAACUCCACAUGCUCUCUAUUUAAACUUGGGCCUUCUAUAGCGUCUCUACUUCAGGCUGAGCGGAGGAAGCCUGUAUGUGCUUUUCACGUACGCUGCUCUGUCUCCAGCAGGAGCAGCUAAAGCAAUGAAAAACUAUGUACAAACAUAUGUGUAAAGAGAGUCUUUUUACAUACAAAUUCUAAUAAAUGAAUGUUUUAAUUUUUAA